ACUGCCUUUCGGGAGAGAGGAUUGGCCCUGACUCUUCAGUCCUGUGGGCAUGUUGGGGCGAUCACUCAUGCUCACAUGCCUCCUGCUCCUCCUGGGACAUAGGGGCCAAGAAUGCCUAGGUUGUACGGAAUAUGUGCUUCGCCUCUCGGGAACAACUCUCCAUUUACGUCCAUGCAGCACGUUCCUACUGGAAAACAUAGAUUCUGCCAAAUGGAAAGUGCGGUUCCAUUCAAAACCAACAUCUCAUGUGAUACUGACUCAGAAAAAUGGCUAUGAUGUGCACCGUGAAUCUUGGGUUCUGAAUCAUUUCAACAAAAGACAUGUUGGUAUGUGCAAAGACUUGACUCUUUUCAUCAAUGCAUCUCAGCGUCAAGACAGCGGCAUCUAUUACCUGGAUGUCACCUUGAAUUCUGGGAAGAUUAACAGCAGUCAAUUCCAUGUUACUAUAUUUGAUCAUGUUGAAAAGCCUCACUUGCAGGAGCAGGAGGAGACCCUCGUUAAUGGUAUGUGCCAGGUGACUCUGUCCUGCUCUGUCUCCAAGGAUGAGAAUGUGAGUUAUGCUUGGUACAGAGGAAGUGAGCUGAUCCAGACAUCUAGGAACCGAACCUACCGGGUGGAGCAGAUCGAUGUUGGAGUCUCACACACAUACACCUGCAAUGUCAGCAACCCUGUCAGCUGGGCAAACCACACCCUCAGCUUCACCCAGGGAUGUCAGAAUGCUCAUCAGAAAUCGACAUUUCUGCUUUACCCGAUGAUCAUCAUGGUUCUGCUAUUCAUACUCUUCUCUGGCACCCUCACCUACUUCUAUGUGUGCAAGAGGAAAAGGAAACAGCCACGCCACAACGCGGAAGAAUGUCUGACAGUGUACGAAGAUAUCAACAAUCUGCGAGUCGGGACAAAUCAAGGGCAGGAGCAGGAGCAGCAUCCCUCGGGAGAAGGCAGCACCAUCUACACCAGGCUCCAGCCCCAGCCUGAAUCCGAAGUGAAGAACCAGAGUCCUUCCUUCAAUAGUACCAUCUAUGACAAGGUUGGAGAGAUACACAUCAGAUCCCAGAAUCCUUCUCGGCUGAGCCUCAAGGAGCUGCAAAGCUUCCAAGUUUAUUCCUAGCUGCUGAGGCUCUCCUCCCCGCUCCAGCAAACCAGCCUCUGUUUUGAGGACAGUCCAAGGAUGAUGUCCCACGGGUCUCUGCAGAAGAGUGUAUAGUCUAAGUAGGACAUGGGAGUCUGCCAUGGGUUUCUAAGAGUCAGUUUAAGAGCAAGCUGUUCAAUAGGAUCUCUCAGCUUCCAGGUGGGAACAAGAAGAGAUGGAGAAGUUGGGUAGUUCACAAAAGGCUCCACAUCAAGUCCAAGUCCUUGUAAUGAAUAAAAUGUAAUGUAAAUGUAGGAUUACAUUUAUUAUUCUUAGCAUUGAGAUUA